AUGCCAGCAACGCCAACUCCUCAUACUAUUUUUUCUUAUCAAGGAUACGAUAUUGAUAUCGGACCAAAGAAUGCAGGCCCUCUUGUAUUGUUGUUGGGAACAACUCCAACAUUGGAUGAUGUCAAAGUUUUUGUUCAAGAACUUUAUGGCGAUUGUAAAAUAGUACCUUCUCCUCAAGAAAGAAAAGCCCUCCAUAGCUCAUUGGAACAUGCUGAGCCAGAAUUCAUUCAAGGAGAUUUGAAAUUUGUUGAAAAGCCAAAGUGGCCAGGAUUGACAUUCCCUCAACUUAGAGAAUUAAAUAAGACAGAAUCGGAAAAGAAGAUUGACGAAAUUGUGGAAUCUGAAUCUCACUCUGAAAAAUAUAAGAAUGAAUACAUGAAAGAUCUCAUUAAGAAAGCGGAGAUGGCACUCAACUCGUUGAAUGUUGCCAAGAAGAGUCAUCAAGCAUUGAUGCUUAAGAAUGAGUUAGACACAUUUAGAACAGUUGCUAGAGAAUAUGGUGAGGGUUCCAGAGCUCGUGUUCAACAGCAAAUUGUGCUUGAAAAUCGUUUGAAUGGUUUGACCCUCUAG